AAAGAAGUCAGUUCCCUUGAAGGAGAGGUAAUAUGGUGAAGUCCUACCAACGUUAUGAACAGAAGUCAUGCUUCGGUGUGAUUUCUUCUCGCUCAAAUGUCAUUUGGCUGCCGCCAACGACAAAAACCGGUGCAGGUCAAGCCAUCACCGCUGGGCUAGAAGAGAUUCUCAUUUGGGACAUAAAGACUGGUGAACUUGUGAAACGCCUGAGGGAUGGGCUUGCUCCAGGUGCAUCAGAUGCAAAGUUGUCCAAGCCAUCAGAGGUCACUGCGUUGGUCUACCAUCCAGACACUACCAUUGUUGGUGCAGGAUAUGACGAUGGUUCCAUCAAGAUUUGGGAUCUCAUCUCGGGCACUGUGCUCAUCAACUUCCAAGGUCAUAAAUCCGCCGUCACUCUGCUUCGAUUUGACAAUGAGGGUACGAGACUGGUAUCUGGGUCCCGAGACUCCAAUAUCAUCUUCUGGGAUCUCGUUGGUGAAACUGGUCUGUUCAAGUUGAGAAGUCAUAAGGAUCAAAUCACUGGUCUAUGGUUCAAUGAGGAAUAUCUCAUCAGUACUUCCAAGGAUGGUUUAAUCAAGCUGUGGGACCUGAAAACUCAGCAAUGUAUUGAAACUCACGUUGCCCAUGGUGGUGAAUGCUGGAGUCUUGGUGUAUCCGGUAAUCACAUCGUCACAACAGAUGCAGAGAAUCAAGUGAAAGUGUGGAAUGUUGACUUUGAAGAGGAGGAGUCGAACAAGAAGAUCGCAGAAUUUGGAGUGCUAGAAAAGACAAGUAAGUCCAGAGGGACUGAAAUCUCUUUCCGUAGUGUCGGAGGCUCGACUUACUUUUUUAUUCAAAAUAUGGAUAAGACUGUUGAAGUGUUCAAGCUCAGAUCAGCUGAAGACAUUGCGAAGGCCACCAAGAAGAGAGAGAAAAGACUCAAGGAGAAAGGUUACAGCGAGGAGGAGAUUGUUGAAGCAAUCAAGGACUCUGCAGUGAGCAUGCUGAUUCAGCCUUUCACUGUUUUAAGAUCAAGUUUCAAAAUUAAAAGUGCCACUUGGUCUUUGACCAAUAGCUCUAGACUCGAUAUCUUGGUUUCUUCCUCAAACAAUACCCUUGAGUACUACACAAUUGCACAUACAAAUAAGGAGGUAUCACCUGCCCAGAAACUAUACACUGUUGAGCUCCAAGGUCAUAGAACAGAUAUUAGAUCGGUUGAUGUGAGUGAUAAUAACAAACUUCUUGCAACUGCAUCCAAUGGGUUGUUAAAGAUUUGGAAUACUGCUACUACCAACUGCUUAAGAACAUUUGAAUGUGGCUAUGCAUUAGCGGUCAAGUUCUUGCCGGGUGGUACGCUUGUUGUUAUUGGUACCAAGAAUGGUGAGAUUGAGCUAUAUGAUCUUGCAACAUCAACACUGCUCGAAAGAGUAGAGGCUCAUGAAGGUGCUAUUUGGAGUUUAGACCUUACACCGGAUGGAACCUCUCUUGUCACUGGAUCAGCUGAUAAGACCAUCAAAUUCUGGGACUUCAAGAUUGAAAGAGAGACGAUUCCAGGAACAAACAGGGAAUCGGCCAAGAUGAAGAUCUUCCACAACAAGACUAUGGAACUUGAGGAAGACAUCUUAGCUCUCAAGAUCUCACCAGAGGCCAAGUACCUGGCUGUAUCUCUGUUGGAUAACACUGUUAAGGUUUUCUUCUUUGACACUUUGAAGUUCUAUCUCAGUUUGUACGGUCACAAGCUUCCAGUCUUGUCCAUUGAUAUCUCGUUUGAUUCUAAAUUGAUCAUCACGUCAUCUGCUGAUAAGAACAUCAAGAUUUGGGGUCUCGACUUCGGUGACUGUCACAAAUCUAUCUUUGGCCAUCAAGACUCCAUUAUGAAUGUUAGAUUUGUUCCUGAAAGCCAUAACUUCUUCUCUGCCGGUAAAGAUGGACUGCUGAAGUACUGGGACGGUGAUAAGUUUGAAUGUAUCCAAAAGCUCAGCGCACACCAAUCUGAAGUUUGGAGUAUUGCUGUGGCACAUGAUGCAUCAUUUGUUGUAACUACCUCUCACGACCAUAGCAUUAGAAUAUGGGAAGAAACUGAUGAUCAGGUGUUCAUCGAGGAAGAAAGAGAGAAGGAAAUGGAUGAAAUGUACGAAGGCACGCUUCUAGCUUCGCUCGAAGGUGACGAGAAUACGAAAAAAGACGAUGACGAUGAGGAGAAGGAUACAGAUGAAGCCACUGGUGUUCAUCAACAGACUUUGGAAACCUUGAAAGCUGGUGAAAAGUUGCUAGAAGCUCUGGAGGCUGGAUACAAGGACAUCGAGGAUGAAGAAGAAUACAACCAAAAGUUGAACAAGUGGUUGAAAACGAAGAGUGGUGAACAGCCAAUUAGACCAAGCAGAGAUCCACUUCUUCAAGCACUCAACAAGACUGGGUCUCAGUACAUCCUGGAAACUCUUCUUAAGAUCAAACCUUCCCAGCUUGAAGAUGCUCUUCUUGUGUUACCAUUCUCUUUUGUUUUGAAGUUCUUCAGAGUGAUUGAGAAGUGGACUAGUGUCAAUGCCAUAUUGAAGCAACACAUCGCUUUAAUUUGCAGAGUUUUGUUCUUCCUCAUCAGAUCCAAUCUACACGAGCUCAAUAGCUUGAAGAAUGAGAAGAUCAAGAACCAAGUCAUCAAUGUUAAGCAGAAGUUGAGAAAUGAGCUGAAGGAUCAAACUACAGAGCUUGGUUUCAACAUUCAAGGAUUGAAAUUCUUGAGAAACCAAUGGAACUUGACACACAGCACCGAAUUCAUCGAUGAGUACGAACAGAGACAGCACGUUGAAAAGACCGCUAAGAAGAGAGUUUACCAGACUUUACAGUGAUCAGAAGUACAUUAAAUAGGUGUGAAAAGAAUUCUAUAAAAUUGUUUCAAAUACUUAAAUGCUUUAGACUCAAGC